AUGUCCCAGGUUACUCCCGGAGCAGUGGUCUUAAGCGCCUAUUGGGAUACAGAACGGGAACUUUGGCAAUCCGAAAAAUCCCUUGUGCAAGGCGAAUUGGUGAUCUGCAAUCUUGAAGAUAGUGACAGUGGUGAAGCAGAUCUGAGUCAACCGUUUGAUAUUAGAUGGCAGACCUUCUCACCAAACGAGGAUAUAUUUGGUGAAGAGGUCACAGCGCGAGUGACUAUGGAGAAUGGCGAACUGAAAUCACAGAUCAUUGAGCUCCAUCCAUUACUCAAGACACCGGAGCUUCUUAGAGAGCUCCAGGAUAACCCAAAUAUUGGGCAGCAUAAGCUGAUGAUCAAAAAGGCCAAUCAUGACAGUGAGUUGGUCACGUGCCAUUGCUUGUAA